AGAUUACUGCAAGGGGUAAUAAAAUGAAAGUCGCCCUUAUCUUUUUAACUGUGAGCAUUUUGCUCGUACAGGUUAAAAAUGUGAAAGCAAAUUACGACUGGGAUAGUAUGACCGAUGGUCCAUGUGAGGAGAUAACACCCGGAUGUGAAGGGGACACUAUAUACUACCCAGAUCCAGUGCAACCCUGUGAACCUGACGACAACCCGACUACUCCAAAACCCAGACACAAAACUAAAAGGCCCAAAUCUACGCGUAAAACAACCAAACGAACUAAACGUCCUCCCAGAAGGAAUACCAAAAGGACCACCAAAACCCCGGAUUCAACAGAUGCCCCUAUAACGACCACGGAUGCGGAUUGCACAUGCUCCGACACAACAACGGUGACAUGCACGGACUCGACGACUCCAUUGUGUACCGAUACCCCUCCUUGCACCUGUUCUGAAGAACCUUCUACUGCAAUACCCAGUUCUCCUUGCACAUGUACUGAAGAAACCACUACACAAACACCAACGUGUUCCACCCAAGGAACCCCAACAACCCCCAGCACAUGUGCUCCAACCUCUACCACAACAAAAUGCACAACAACAACAUCCACUUGUGCCCCAACGACAACUACACCUAGAUGCACAACAACAACUUCCACUUGUGCCCCAACGACAACAACUCCUAGAUGCACAGCAACAACUUCCACUUGUGCCCCAACGACAACAACUCCUAGAUGCACACCAACAACUUCUACUUGUGCCCCAACGACAACUACUCCUAGAUGCACACCAACAACUUCCACUUGUGCCCCAACGACAACUACUCCUAGAUGCACACCAACAACUUCCACUUGUGCCCCAACGACAACUACACCUAGAUGCACAACAACAACUUCCACUUGUGCCCCAACAACAACUACUCCUAGAUGCACACCAACAACUUCUACUUGUGCCCCAACGACAACUACUCCUAGAUGCACACCAACAACUUCUACUUGUGCCCCAACGACAACAACUCCUAGAUGCACACCAACAACUUCUACUUGUGCCCCAACGACAACUACUCCUAGAUGCACACCAACAACUUCCACUUGUGCCCCAACGACAACUACACCUAGAUGCACACCAACAACUUCCACUUGUGCCCCAACGACAACUACUCCUAGAUGCACACCAACAAUUUCCACUUGUGCCCCAACGACAACUACUCCUAGAUGCACACCAACAACUUCUACUUGUGCCCCAACGACAACAACUCCUAGAUGCACACCAACAACUUCUACUUGUGCCCCAACGACAACUACUCCUAGAUGCACACCAACAACUUCCACUUGUGCCCCAACGACAACAACUCCUAGAUGCACAGCAACAACUUCCACUUGUGCCCCAACGACAACUACUCCUAGAUGCACACCAACCACUUCUACUUGUGCCCCAACGACAACAACUCCUAGAUGCACACCAACAACUUCUACUUGUGCCCCAACGACAACAACUCCUAGAUGCACACCAACAACUUCUACUUGUGCCCCAACGACAACUACUCCUAGAUGCACACCAACAACUUCCACUUGUGCCCCAACGACAACAACUCCUAGAUGCACAGCAACAACUUCCACUUGUGCCCCAACGACAACAACUCCUAGAUGCACACCAACAACUUCUACUUGUGCCCCAACGACAACUACUCCUAGAUGCACACCAACAACUUCCACUUGUGCCCCAACGACAACAACUCCUAGAUGCACACCAACAACUUCUACUUGUGCCCCAACGACAACUACUCCUAGAUGCACACCAACAACUUCCACUUGUGCCCCAACGACAACUACACCUAGAUGCACAACAACAACUUCCACUUGUGCCCCAACGACAACUACUCCUAGAUGCACACCAACAACUUCCACUUGUGCCCCAACGACAACAACUCCUAGAUGCACACCAACAACUUCCACUUGUGCCCCAACGACAACAACUCCUAGAUGCACACCAACAACUUCCACUUGUGCCCCAACGACAACAACUCCUAGAUGCACACCAACAACUUCUACUUGUGCCCCAACGACAACUACUCCUAGAUGCACACCAACAACUUCCACUUGUGCCCCAACGACAACUACUCCUAGAUGCACUACUACGACUUCCACAUGUGCUCCAACCACAAUCACACCUUGUCCAACUACAACACCAUCAACAAGUCCUACAAGAACAACACGUCGUCCUUGUCCUUGCCAUCCCCAGCCUCCUUACCAGAUUCCUCCUUGGUCAUGGUGGUAUCCUUACCCGAUCUACCCCAAUCCCGUGUGGCCCUGGCAACCUAACCCAGUUGUUCCUCAAUGGCCACAGAUGCCCGGAUAUCCAAAUCAGUGGCCACAAUUACCAGGUAAUCCCCAGCAUUUACCACCGCCGUUGCCAUCUCCUCAGUGGCCCUGGUCUUGGCCAAAACCACCAGUACCACCAGUUCACCCUAAACCUGGCGACUGUGAAAACAUAUGCGAAAACCUACUGAAGGGAGUAAAAUAUCAAGAAGAUCUCAUCAGAAGGUGCUUGUGCACACGAACGUAAUCCUUUAAAAAAAAUCUCUUAAUUGUUUUAUUAAAAUGUUCACUACUUAUAAAAAUCA